CACAUUUCAGGUAAAUUAAAACUAUAGGGCAUCAAAUAGAUUGCUUAAUUACGAUUGAGUUAAUCAUUGUAGGAAUCCAUCGAUCCGGAUGAACAUUAUCGGUCGGCAGUAGUGCGAAGGCAUCAAGAAAGAUAUAAGGAUCAAAGGGAGACAUCGCGUAGUUUCAAUUACCCAGCUUCAUUAAACAGAUCGCUGCAUGACCCCCGUGGUUUCGAUGCAUACCGUGGUACGAAAACAAUAGUUGAUGGAGACAGAAUUGAAAUGAAGACUUCGCGUGGCUCCAAUUAUCCUUUGCGCACUAGAUCUAAUGUUACAAUCGACACAUCUCAGGGAUUUAUUGAUUCACAUUAUGCGAAGUUGAUAAAGGGUCAAAAUCAAUCAUCCCAAAGGUUCAACUAUCCAUUUUCUCGUGGCAGCUCAUUUCAUGAUUCCUUUGGCCGUCAUUCACAUUCGCAAUCGAAAGUUGUCGAAAAGAGAGUUGAUGUUGGUAUUUCGCGUGAUUUCGGAAACCAGUAUUUGCACAACAGAUCGUAUGAUGCAACCAACAUAUCUCAGGAGGCUCUUGCUUAUUCAAUGCAUUGUGUACAAGCUAAAUCAUCAAUAGGCGCAGGAAGUCGUAUUCAAACAGAACUUUCACGAAGUCUCAUCAACCCAAGUUCGCGGAUUAGACAGUUGAAUGAUUUUGAUCCAGAUUAUAGCUAUUCAUUACAUGUGGAAAGGCAGAGAGUUGAAACAGAAGCUUCAGCUGGUUUUAUAAGACCUCUACGGAAUAGAUUGUACACUACAUUCGAUACAUUUCAGGAUAUUGGACGGAGAUCAAUAGAUGAACAGUCACGGGGAAACAUAGUUGUAGAAAAUUAAACACCUUUCUCUGAGGUUCGAAGAGAGAUAAAUGAAUCAUCAGGAGGUUGUGAUUUCUGGCAGGAUGAUGCCGGUCUAGAUCUGUGCUGCAGGUCACCUGCCAGGCUCGAAAGUCGUAGUGUGUUUCCAUCAGAGUUAAAAAUAAUCGUAGCUCUUUGUUGACGGCUGAAA